CAGGCCGGCGGCUGCCGCGCGCCCCUGACCGCAGGCGGGCCGACGGGCUGUCCGCCUGCUCGGGGCCCCGUGCCCGGCUCCCGGGCAGCGCGGAAACUUCGGGCGGACGCUGGCCGCGGUCAGAGGCGGGUGCCGGAGGCCGGGCGCGCGCGGACCGCCAGACUGACGGCCCGGCCUGGUCCUCCUCCACCGCCCGACCCCCGGCCCCUGGAGACAGCCGGGGGGGCCUGGUCAGCGGCUGCGGCUGCGUUCCAACAGGAGACCGCGGCGGCCGGGGGAGCAGCGGCUGAAGGCUUGGGAUGCUGGCUGGAGGCUGGCGGGCGCUCUGAGGCCCCGGCAGUGCCGCCCACCAUGGACCCGGACCCCCAGGCAGGCGUGCAGGUGGGCAUGCGCGUGGUGCGCGGCGUGGACUGGAAGUGGGGCCAGCAGGACGGCGGCGAGGGCGGCGUGGGCACGGUGGUGGAGCUGGGCCGGCACGGCAGCGCCUCGACUCCCGACCGCACAGUCGUCGUGCAGUGGGACCAGGGCACCCGCACCAACUACCGCGCCGGCUACCAGGGCGCGCACGACCUGCUGCUCUACGACAACGCCCAGAUAGGCGUCCGCCACCCCAACAUCAUCUGCGACUGCUGCAAGAAACACGGGCUGCGCGGCAUGCGCUGGAAGUGCCGCGUGUGCUUCGACUACGACCUGUGCACGCAGUGCUACAUGCACAACCGGCACGACCUGGGCCACGCCUUCGAGCGCUACGAGACCGCGCACUCGCGCCCUGUCUCGCUGAGUCCCCGCCAGGGCCUCCUGCGCGUCCCCCUGAAGGGCAUCUUCCAGGGCGCGAAGGUGGUGCGCGGCCCAGACUGGGAAUGGGGCUCGCAGGACGGAGGGGAAGGGAAGCCCGGCCGCGUGGUGGACAUCCGUGGCUGGGACGUGGAGACGGGCCGCAGCGUGGCCAGCGUGACGUGGGCUGAUGGCACCACCAAUGUGUACCGCGUGGGCCACAAGGGCAAGGUGGACCUUAGGUGUGUGGGCGAGGCGGCCGGCGGCUUCUACUACAAGGAGCACCUCCCGAGGCUUGGGCAGCCUGCCGAGCUGCAGCGCAGGGUGAGUGCCGACGGGCGGCCCUUCCAGUACGGGGACAAGGUCAAGUGCCUGCUGGACACGGACGUCCUGCGGGAGAUGCAGGAAGGCCACGGUGGCUGGAACCCCAGGAUGGCGGAGUUUAUCGGACAGACGGGCACCGUGCACCGCAUCACCGACCGCGGGGACGUGCGUGUGCAGUUCAGCCCCGAGACCCGCUGGACGUUCCACCCCGGGGCUCUCACCAAGCACAACACCUUCUGGGUGGGUGAUGUGGUACGCGUCCUCGACGACCUGGACACCGUGAAGCGGCUGCAGGCCGGGCAUAGCGAGUGGACGGACGACAUGGCCCCCGCCCUGGGCCGCGUGGGAAAAGUGGUGAAGGUGUUUGGAGACGGGAACCUGCGUGUGGCGGUCGGCGGCCAGCAGUGGACAUUCAGCCCCUCCUGCCUGGUGGCCCACCGUCCCGCCGAGGACGCCAACCUGGCCGUGGCUGAGCGCGCCAGGGAGAACAGAAGUGCGGAGCCCGCCCGGGGCCAGCGGGAGGCGGGGCCCCCCCGGCCACCACUCACCGCAGCCCCGCCCUCAGGCUCCCUGAGCGCGGCCCUGGAUAAGCUCAGGGCCCAGAAGAGUGACCCGGAGCACCCGGGGAGGCUGGUGGUGGAGGUGGCCCUCGGCAACGUGGCCCGGGCGCUGGAGCUGCUGCGGAGGCACCCAGAGCAGGUGGACACCAAGAACCAGGGCCGGACUGCCCUGCAGGUGGCUGCCUACCUGGGCCAGGUGGAGCUGGUGCAGCUGCUGCUGCAGGCAGGGGCCGGCCUGGACCUGCCGGACGACGAGGGCAGCACCGCGCUGCACUACGCGGCCCUGGGGAACCAGCCGGACGUGGCCCGGCUACUCCUGAGUGCAGGGUGUGGGGCUGACGUGGUCAACAGUGCCCGCAGCUCGGCGCUGCACGUGGCCGUGCAGAGGGGCUUCCUGGAGGUGGUGAGGGUCCUGUGCGAGCAAGGCUGUGACGUCAACCUGCCUGAUGCCCAUGCGGACACGCCCCUGCACUCUGCCAUCUCGGCGGGCGCGGGCGCCAAUGGGAUCGUGGAGGUCCUCACCGAGGUGCCGGGCAUCGACGUCACCGCCACCAACAGGCAGGGCUUCACGCUGCUGCACCACGCGUCCCUGCAGGGCCACGUGCUAGCUGUCAGGAAGAUCCUGGCCCGGGCUCGGCAGCUGGUGGACGCCAGGAAGGAAGACGGCUUCACCGCGCUGCACCUGGCCGCCCUCAACAACCACCGCGAGGUGGCCCAGAUCCUGAUCCGGGAGGGCCGCUGUGACGUGAACGUCCGGAACCGGAAGCUGCAGUCACCGCUGCACCUGGCCGUGCAGCAGGCCCACGUGGGGCUGGUGCCGCUGCUCGUGGACGCAGGCUGCAGCGUCAACGCCGAGGACGAGGACGGGGACACGGCCUUGCACGUGGCCUUGCAGCGUCACCAGCUGCUGCCCCUGGCGGCAGACGGGGCCGGGGGGGACCCAGGGCCCUUGCAGCUGCUGUCCAGGCUGCAGGCCUCUGGCCUCCCGGGCAGCGAGGAGCUGACCGUGGGCGCGGCGCUCGCCUGCUUCCUGGCGCUGGAGGGCGCCGACGUGAGCUAUGCCAACCACCGCGGCCGGAGCCCGCUGGACCUGGCGGCCGAGGGCCGAGUGCUCAAGGCUCUGCAGGGCUGUGCCCAGCGCUGCCGGGAGCGGCAGGCGGGCGGGGGCGCGGCCCCGGGCCCUAGGCCCGCACUCGGCACCCCGAACACCGUGACGAACCUGCACGCCGUGGCCGCCACGGGGCCCGAAGCCGCCGAGUGCCUAGUGUGCUCGGAGCUGUCGCUUCUGGUGCUCUUCUCCCCGUGCCAGCACCGCACGGUGUGCGAGGAGUGCGCGCGCAGGAUGAAGAAGUGCAUCAGGUGCCAGGUGGUCAUCGGCAAGAAGCUGCGUGCAGAUGGCUCGGAGGUGGCCGGCGCCGCGCCCGCGGCCGGCGCGCCGCGGCAGCUGGUGGAGGAGCUGCAGAGCCGCUACCGGCAGAUGGAGGAGCGCAUCACCUGCCCGAUCUGCAUCGACAGCCACAUCCGCCUCGUGUUCCAGUGCGGCCACGGCGCGUGCGCGCCCUGCGGCGCCGCGCUCAGCGCCUGCCCCAUCUGCCGCCAGCCCAUCCGCGACCGCAUCCAGAUCUUCGUGUGAGCCGCGCGCCCCCCGCCCCGCACCUGUCCUCCAUAAAGCGUUUCUCGAA